CGGACGAGACGUAAUUGGAAAACCUGGGCAUAUCAAAAGCACGUAACCGCGGGCGAAGGCGGCGUGGUUGCGUGACCGCCCGCGGGUCACGCAGAGGGGAUAAACGAGCGCCUCCCUUCCGUUCCGUCCCAGGACGUUUGUUGACAGCGUUGGCGAGAGAAGAUGGCGGCGCCCACAGCCGUAGAGCAAACCGUGACCAAACUGACAGACCAUCUCACGACCAGCCACGGGAGCGACCGUUUUCCAGCAGACUCGGGGAAGCUGCGGGACUUUGUGGUGGAUUUCCUGGAGAAAGAGGUCGGCAGCGACCUGAAAUCCCUGAAGAAUGUUGGCGACCUGCUGAAGAAACUGAGAGAGGAAAACAAGGCACUGGAGGAACAGGUUCUGACCGUAUCCAGUUCUGUGCCCCCUAAAGUUUCUGCGGCUCUGUCUGCUGCCGAGCAGGCGAGAUGUUCCCUGGAGGACCUGCAGCAGAGAGAGCGACUUAUCUCCAACACGCUGCACCAGCACCUGCAGGGGGCCCAACCUUGGAUGGAUAAUCUUGGCCAGACGCUUAACCAAGUGGACACCAUAGAGAGACACAUGAAAUACCUACGCUGCCUUCAACAUAUAGAGGAGCUCAGUGCUGCAGUCCAGCAGUGUCUGAUGACCAGCAGUGUCUGGGAGGCCAUCAGGGCGGUGGACAGCAUGGCUGCGCUGGACGCUGGACUAAGCCAGUCCGGAUGUUCUCACCUCCAGGAGUUCCUCAGAGAAACACUUCACUUCUGGCACAAGAUUAUCAAAGACCGACUGGCCAGUGACUUUGAGAAAGUAUUGACUCAGCUUCACUGGCCGAUCAUCUCCCCUCCUACUCAGUCACUGACUCCCACGGCCAACUGUCAGGAGAUCAACAGCCAGCUGGAGCUGCUCGUCACACAGCUACUCGCCCUGCAGACCUCCGAUGACCUCAUAUCUCAGAGGGCGUUGGCCUCCGGUCAGGGGGUCCCCACUACCCAGCCUGCCUCUUCGGCCACGCCUCCGUCCCAAGCUCCUCCGCUCUGUCUGCCCAUCCAGAUCAUGCUGCUGCCGCUCAGCAGGAGAUUCAGAUACCACUUCUACGGGAAUCGCCAGACCAACUCCCUCAGCAAGCCCGAGUGGUACCUCACACAGGCUCUGAUGUGGAUGGGGAACAGCUCGACCUUCAUGGAGGAAAAGAUCCAACCUAUCCUGGACCGAGCAGGGGCCGCCCUCAGUGCCAGGGUGGAGCUGUGUCGAGGCCUGCUGUCUCUAGUCCAGGAGAAAGUGGCCAGCGACGCUUCUAGGCUGCUGUAUGAUGACGUGCUCUUCUCUCACUUGGUGGAGGAGGUGCUGCAAUUUGAGAAGGAGCUGCGAAGCAACCAGUCAUACCCAGUGGUGCUGCCCGGCCUGCUUCACCUCCUGCUUGAGGACUCCAUCCUUCAGAAGUGGCUCACUGUGGAGAGGAAGAUGGCAGUGGAGAAGAUGGACGCCAUGCUGUCGGCCGAGGGGGCUUGGAGCUCUCAGUACAAAGACAUCAGUGAUAUGGACGAGCUGAAGGCUCCAGAUUGUGCUGAGACUUUCAUGACUCUGCUACAGGUCAUCACUGAGCGGUACCGGGCCUUGCCCUGUCCUUCAUCGCAGCUGAAGUUUCUGGGGCUACAGAGAGAGCUGGUGGAUGAUUUCCGCAUACGACUCACCCAGGUGAUGAAAGAGGAGUCCCGCUGCCCACUCGGCGCCCGUUAUUGUGCCAUCCUUAAUGCUGUCAACUACAUUUCCACCAUCCUGGGAGACUGGGGAGACAAUGUGUUCUUCCUACAGCUGCAGCAGGCAGCGGUUUCACUUGGUGAGGAGGCGGUACUGGGCGACCUGGGGGUGAUGGAGGUGGGUCGCCUGGCGUCUCUGGAGGGCUCUCUAUUUGAAGGCCUGUUGGCGCUGCUGGAUCGACUGAGAGGAGACAUGAUGGGAAGACUGCUGGAAUGGACCAUGAGAGAAAUCACAGAAAAAGCCAAACCAUUUUGCCAAGACAGGUGGUUGUCCCUACCAUCCCAGCAUGACCAGUCCACCAUGUCCCUGUCCAGUUCAGCAUGUCCUAUGAUGCUAUGUGUGAGGGACAGAUUGUUGAACCUUCAUCAGGUCCUGAGUCUUUCCCUGUUCCAGCUAGCCUGGCAGGGCCUGGCGGACAGACUCGACAACUUUCUCUACCAGGAUGUGAUCCUGUCUAAUCAUUUCAGUGAUGGUGGGGCAGCUCAGCUUCAGUUCGACAUGACCAGAAACCUGUUUCCUCUGUUUGGUCACUACUGCAAAAGACCUGAGAACUUCUUUAAGCAUGUAAAGGAGGCGUGUAUCAUCUUGUGUCUGAAUGUGGGCUCCGCUAUUCUGCUGAGGAACCUCCUUAAAGAGUCAGAGGAGGAGACCAAAGAUUGGGCAGGUGUGGUGGAUCCUCCACCCGAGUCCGCAUUGAAUGAGUUGGGGGUUUACUGCUUGGCACCCUGUGAUGUGCUGAUUCUUCUCAAGCUCAGAGCCUCCUGGCCUGGACAGUGACGCCCCCCCCAGGGGGCAGUGUUUGUGGGUGUGGAGUGUGCAUCAGAUUGAGCGCUUCUCAAAUGUUUCUCCUUAAUUUUUGUCAUUAGGUUUAACCUUCGUUGUAAACAUGACAGCUACUAUCUGUCAGUCACAUAAGUCGGGGCUGUUCAGAUAGUGUUCAGUAAGUUGAUGCUACUGAACUGUCAUUGUGUGUCAUUACUGUGUUGCACUCCUUUUUCGGGGGGGACCCACUUACCUGUCACCUCCUUUGACUUAAGUACAUUACAAAGAAAUUAUUAAUAACAAUUGUCCUUUUGUCUGGUAUAUUAUGUAAUAAAUCCAGCUGAACUGCAACGCUCUCGUCAGUUGCCCCA